AUGGUGAGGAGCAAAGAGGUGCCCAAGAAGCCCAAGGACCCGCUCCUCACCCCUCCCUCCAAGCCCAGGGGCUUCAGCACCUUCAGGGACGCCGGCGGCGGCGGGAGCCUGCCGAGGAACCGCGGCGGCGCGGCCAUGACGUCCCCGGCCCCGGCCUCGGUGCCCAACUACAUGCGCGGCACCAGCAGCUCCGGCGCCAAGGCCGGCCAGCGCCAGCGCCAGCGCGCGUCGCCGUCCGCGUCCACGCCGACGAGGCAGCGGAGGCCGCUGCGGGUGACGCCGAGGGGCAAGGUGCUGUUCCCGGCGCCCGCGGCGUCGCCCGGCAUGGUCCGGCCCACCUGCUCCUCCACCCUGAAGGGCGCCAAGUUCCCCCGCGCGCUCGACCUGGCGCCCGGGGCCACCGACGCCGAGGGCCCCGCCGCCAUGCGGGUCUGCCCCUACACCUACUGCUCCCUCAACGGCCACGCCCACGCGCCCGCCGUGCCGCUCCGGAGCUUCCUCGCCACGCGACGCCGCCUCAUCAAGACGCAGCAGAGCAUGAAGCACAAGGGCGUCUCCGCCUUCCGCAAGGGCUCCACCGCCCACCAAAAACCGGAGGGCAAGAACUCCGUCUGCGCCGGCGCUGUCGCCAAGGUCGCGCCGCCGGUUGUCGACGAGGUCGGCGACUUCUUCGUGGAGGUGUACACCGGCCCGAGGGUCAGCUCCGGCACCAGCUGCAGCGACAUGUCCUUGGACGAGAUGGACGACACGGUCAGGCGGAUGGAGUUCCUUGUAUUCGACCGUUGCGGCGCGGACGACGACGUCGACAAAAGGAACGAUCUUGCUGUUCACGGUGACGGUGACGGCGAGGACAGACCUGGUGUCUGCAGGGACAGUUCGUCGGAGUGCAGCGAUCCAGGCGUCUCCGGCAAUCUCGUGGAGGAGUUGCCGUGGAUGAGGUACCAGGGGUACGAGUGUGAUAGCCUGGAUGACGAUGUUUCAGAGGAGCAGAUUGGGGAAGCAGAGGCUCUUGCCCAGCAGCAAGAAGGUGAAGAUGAAGAGGCCAAAUCCUGCGGAUCGGGCGAUGAGCGCGAAGAGGAGGCCAUCCAAGAACAGGAACCAGAAGAUGAUGAGGAGAUCGUCUCAGAUUUGCCCUCUGAAACAGGGAUCGUCGCCGAGGAAGAAGGCGUCGAUUACAGAUUGGACACAGUGAAUCAACAUCAGGCUUUCACAGCAGAAGACACACAAGAUCCAGGAGACGACGAGGAGUGCGUCUCGGAUGGCGGCCACGAAAUGGAGAUCGCCGCCGAGCGAACAUGUGCUGUUUCUACGGUGGAGGUCUGCAGGGAGCAGGAAGAAGACGAAGACAUCAUCCUGGGCAAAGUGUGUCAAGCGGAUACUUCUGAUGGACAUGGCACAUCAGAAGAGACGCUCUCGGUAUCGGAAAUUCUCCAGGCUGAAGUAAUGGAGAAUGUGCUGGAAGACAGAUGCAAAGAGGAGAAUUCAGCAGAUCAAGAGGCAGAGGAUGACGAGACCAGCAUGGAUUCGGCCAACGAAUUAGAGGAUACUUCUGAUGGAGAUGGCACAUCAGAAGAGAAGCUCUCGGCAUUGGAAAUUCCUCAAGCUGAAGUAACAGAAAGGGUGGAAAAUGUCCUGGAAGACAGCUGCAAAGAGGAGAAUUCAGCAGAUCAAGCAGCAGAGAAUGACGAGACCAACAUAGAUUCUGCUCUCCGAUUCGAAAUCGCCGAGAAGGAGAAGGAUGAUGAUGAGUCUGAAAUGGAGAUUUCUGAGACUGUCCCCGAUGUUGCACGCGAAGAGGAUUUCUGUGAGCAAGAAGCAACCUCCCGAGCUGUUUCAGAAGGUGAAGUUUCUGACUCCAAUGCUAUUGCUUCUCCAGAUGUUGAAAUCUCGAAUCAGCCAACAGAUGGUGGCUUUGAACAAGAUGCGACCACUGUAGAAGAUGCAUUUGAGCAACUUGAUACUGCUGCAGAGAAUACUGUGAGUGGCACAAAAGAUGCUCAAAGGGGAUUGGAGAUUACCACAUGCAAAUCUGAAGAUGUUUCUGCGGAAUCUGGUAUAACCCAAGAAAGCAGCCAGGUCGUUUACUCUGUAUGUGUUGAUGCCCCUGCUAAAAUGCAACCAGAGAUAACAGAGCAGGGGCAGGAAGACUCUUCUGAAGAAUCUAGUGUUCCCCAAGAAAGUAGCCAAAGUAAUAUGUCUGCUCAUGUUGAUAAUGGUGCUCAAAUAGAAUUGUCUGCUGAUGCCACUGCUCAGAUGGAACCAGCGAUUACAGAGUGCAAGCUGGAAGAGUCUUCUGAAGAAUCUGGUAUUCCUCAAGAUAGUAGCCAAAUCAGUAUGUCUGCUCAUGUUGAUAAUGGUGCUCAAAUAGAAGUAUCUGCUGAUGCCACUGCUCAGAUGGAACCAGAGAUCACAGAGUGCAAGCUGCAAGAGUCUUCUGAAGAACUGGGUAUUCCUCAAGAAAGUAGCCAAAGCAGUAAGUCUGCUCUUGUUAACAAUGAUGCUGAAACAGAACCAGAAUUUACGACAUGUAAGUCAGAAGGUCCUUGCGAAGAAUAUGGCAUCGUUCAAGAAGUCAUUCAUGAUGGCAACUCUGCAUAUCUCGGUGAGGGUGAUCAAAUGCACUUGGGAAAUGUCACAAGGGAGUUGGAAGCCACCUCUGAAGAAUGUGGUAUUGCUCAGGAAAUUGGUGAAGAUAACUCAGCACUUGUCAGUGAUGAUACUCAAAAUGGUUCCGAGUUAGCAAUGUGUGAGCUGGAUGAUGCUUCUGAAUCUGUUGCGGUCCAGGAGACUGAUCAGGAUCACAACUGUGAGGAUGUGGUUAGUGCUGCUCUAAAUGAAUCUGAGCUUAUUACCCCAUCUGAACUGGCAUAUGCGGAAUCUGGUGUUACCCAAGAAGCUGUUCCAGAUGACAACAAUGCAGAUGUCAAUGAUGGUCCCGAGAGAGAAUGGGAAACAAUGGCAUGUGAACCAGAACAGGCUCACGAAGAACUGGAUAUUAUUCAAGAAGGUGAUAAAGAUGAUUGCACUGCUGGCGCCUGUGUUGGUCCUCUGAAGGAAACACAGACAAGCGACAGAAAGGAUGCUUGUGAAGAAGUUUCUGUUACCGAAGAAGCUAAUCUCUCGCACGCUGAGCACAACUAUGACCUCUCCGCUGCUGACAGCAAUGGGGAACCUCAGAGCCUACCAGCAGAAGAUUAUGAUGCAAAAGAGUUUUCUGUUGACGACAUGUGCAACGUAUUCAGCGGGAUGAACCUCAAAGGAGAUGUAUAUGUUGAUCCUACCGAGUCUGAAAUUAGCCCUAGGAAAAGAUUGAUCAUUGCCGGGAGGAGAAGAACACCUGAAGAAGAGGAGCACAUGCGAGGUUUCAAUCCGAGGGGACCUAAUUUUCUUCCUUUGGAACUGGACCCAGACUCGGAGAAGGUUGAUCUGAAGCAUCAAACUGCAGAAGACCGUAAGAACGCUGAAGAGUGGAUGAUUGAUUACGCACUUCGGAGGGCGGUGAACAAUCUAGGCGCUCGGAAGAAGAAAGUGGAGCUUCUGGUCCAGGCAUUUGAGACUGUCCUACCACAUGAUGAGGAUGAGAAGAAGAGCACACCCACAAGGGCUGUCCAGGCUUGCAACUGAUAAUAGUUCUAGUAGAGUUAGUGGUUGGACUAAUUAUGAUAUUGACGACUCGCGAGCUACUAACUCGGUGGUCGCUGCAAUAUUAGUGCCAGAGACCUGCUCCAAGCCUUCAAGUUGGACGAGAAUAACUACUUACUAGUUCACCAGAGAUCGAUCACUAGAGAUCUCUGGUUAAGGUGGAGCUCAGUACUUCGUCUCCACAUGGAGAGGGUAAAACUAGUACCGACUGAUGAAGAGUUUCCUAUCUAGUUGGUGAGCUGCAAAGGAGUAGCUCAACAACCAAGCCGUGUAUAUACGUCUCAUAGUCCUAAUGUUUGGUAUUUGUACUGAUGUUUGUGACUUGUGUAAAAUGUCGAAGGGAUCAUGAGGUGCUGCACCUGUAUGGCCUUGACAGAGAUCAAUAAAACUCUUCUCGAGUUGCAUGCUUGCGGCGAGAAAGA